UACAGGAGAGACCUCAGCCUAGAUGCACUCAUAAAUGAUUCAGGCACUUCCGCACGGUCUGUCCUGAUGAACAUUCACUACCUGCUGAUUAUCAUCAGGACUCUUGUGUUCAAUCUGGGGAUUAACUGCAGAGAUGUCCUGUAAGGACUACACAGAUGUAUGAAUGACAUGUCAGCAUGAGUCUAUUACCAUGCAGGUACUUUCCCGCAGUAUCGAGCCUUCAGUUUUCCGUUUGUGCUUCGCAUUUCAGUGUGGUCAACACCCAAACAAAAAAUGGUGCCACGCCCGUUUAUUUGGCCAGUCAGGAGGGCCACCUGGAGGUGGUCCAGUACCUGGUGAAGGACUGUGGGGCGGAGCCUCGGAUCAGAGCCAAUGACGGAAUGACUCCCCUGCACGCCGCCGCCCAGAUGGGACACACGAUGGUCAUCGUCUGGCUGGUGAGCUUCACGGAGGUCGGUCUGUCGGACCGGGACGGCGACGGCGCCACGGCCAUGCACUUCGCCGCCAGUCGCGGCCACGCCAAGGUCCUGAGCUGGCUCCUGCUCCACGGGAGCGAGAUCGCCCCCGACUGCUGGGGCGGGACCCCCCUGCACGACGCUGCGGAGAACGGCGAGCUGGAGUGCUGCCAGAUCCUCGUGGUGAACGGGGUCGAUCUCGGGCUGCGGGACAAGGACGGCUUCACAGCGGCAGACCUGGCUGAGUACAACGGACACGCGCAGUGUGCCAAAUAUCUACGUACUGUGGAGAACAUGAGCGUGGGGCACCGUGUGCUGUCGCGGGACCCCUCAGCAGAACAGGAGUGCAAACAGCCCGAUUCAGGCGUCUCUUCCCCACCUGCCAACUACGACUCCUGCAGCUCUUCCAAUGCGAGGAGGAGCACAGCGCCACCUGCAGGCAACCACAUGGACCCGACGCGCACAGACAUGGACUCCUACAUGGACCUGCUGAACCCGGACCUGGCGACUGCAGCACAGAGGAAGGACGAGGGAAACUGCGCUUCCCCUUCCCCUCCCCCCCCUCCGGCCUUCCCUCCUCCCCCGCCCCCUCCCCCGCCCGACACCCAGGGGCACCCCCCUCCCCCGCCCAGUUACACCGCGCCCAGCGCCCCCGCGGACCAGGCCUCCGCCGAGAUCUACCUGCAGGUGAAGAGCAACCUGCGGCACGUGGAGAAGGACACUCCGAGAAACAAUCCAGACAGGCUGCGAAGGGCCGACUCGAACAGGAAGUCCCGCAACUUCAACAAGCAGCCCAGCACUGGGGACUACUACAAGGCCCUGGGCAGCGACCCAGCCGAGCACGGCGGGGCCAGAGCCAUGGUGCCCAACGAGCAGGGUUCUGAACUGUUGGAGGAGCCAGCGGACAGUCCCCCCGCUCUAGAUAAUGGGCCAGUGGAGGGACAGCACCCUCCACCACCUCCGCCACCUCCCCUCCCCUCCACCAAUCCCCCUCCCCCUCCACCUCCACCUCCACCACCACCACCACCACCACCACCGCUGCCCCCAGAAACUCCGCCCCCAAAGAACACCGAACAUCGCCGACCAUCCUCCUCUUCAGGAAAGGGCAUAAGCAGACCAAAGAGAAGCACAAAGUCAUUCAACAUGAUGUCCCCAACUGGUGACAAUGCGGAGCUGCUGGCAGAGAUCAAAGCAGGGAAGAGCCUGAAACCAACUCCUCACAGCAAAGGAUACAUUACUGGACACAACAGCAACAGCAGCAGCACAGGGAGCAGCACAGGGAACAGCGUGGAGGCCCCUUUGCCUCCGCCUGCAGCUCCACUGUCACGGCCUCCUUCCCCACCUCCCGCGCCCCUUCCCCUCGCCUCCCCUUUGCCAGCGUCAGCCCCCCCGCCUGGCCCGGCUGGCGGCUCCGCCCACAAACUCCCGCCCGCAGGCGGCUGCGACCAGGUUCCCCACGCGGUCAACGGCAGCGUGGAUUUGGGGCACAUGCGGCGGGGCAGCCUGGUGGACGUGGAAGCCCUGGUCCCCACCCACGACGAGCAGGGCGUGGCCAUCCCAGAGUGGAAGCGCCAGGUCAUGGUGCGUAAGCUGCAGGUGAAGAUGCAGGAGGAGGAGGAUCUUAAACGCAAGUUAUCUGCCCAGGGGUACAGCCAGCCCCAGGACUGGCACUACUCGCACACCCACAACGCCAUCCUGGGCCCUUUCGGGGAGCUGAUGACGGAGGCGGACCUCGUCCGCAUCGAGCGGCAGAUUGAGAACCUGCAGGUGAUGCACAAGGUGCAGGCGGUGGAGAAGGAGCUGGAGCAGCUGGAGCGGGAGCUGACGCAGCUGCUGCCCGUCUCCGCCGCGCUCAGCCACCGCCAGCACUUCUCCGUCAACCCCCGGCAGGUCCACGGGCAGGCGGAGGACCUGCCCGAGUGGUGCAGCAAGAUCUCCACCCUGCUGAAGAACAUGGCCAUCCUGCUGGCCACCCUGGGGGGCAAGGAGAUAGACAUCCUGGACCUGGUGUACUCCGGGUACAUACGGGAGGAGCGCAGGGACCCGAGGACGGCCCCCGCCGCCCCGGCCCCGCCCCCAGCCACCGCCCCCGCGAACAUCGGACGAUCCCAGUCGUUCUCCACCAGGGAGGAAGUGGAGAGGGAGAUCAAGCAGUGCGGCGUGUCCGUCAAGAACCUGAAGGCCAACUACGAGCUGCAGAGCCAGCCCAAGUCCGAGGACAGCGCCAGCAGGGUUUACAAACGCAAGCGGUCCCUGCCUGUGGGAAGCGAGCCCACGGGCCACAGGUCAGAGCCUAUCUUAGAGGAGGAAUUCAUCUCCUCCACAGAGGACAUCCACUGGUCCGACACGAGCGGACCUCCGCCGUCGGACGCUACGGGUGCGGCCUUCAACGGAGAGGCCGUGACCGCACCCCCUUACGCUCCUCUCAACGGGGCAUCAUCGGCACACCUGGCCCAGCCCGAGCUGGACCAGCACUCCCAGACCCAGCCCACAGACCCCCUGUGUCGCCCCGACCAGCCCACACGCAGCCUGGAGGUGCAGACAGACCUCAGCUACAUGCAGGAGUGGACGGACCUCAGGAAGGAGCGAAUCGUCUUCCUGUUCUUGGAGCACUGGAGGAAAUACACCUUCGCCGGCGCCGUCCGGCCGCGGUCGCCCAGGAGACAGGGCAGCACCGGCAGCGGCGGGGAAGGCAGCCUGCAGAGCGAGGACGACCAGCUGAUCUACCUGAUGAAGGAGAAGCAGGUGGUGGGGAACCUGAUCUGCCACUGGAGGGCGAUCUUCAGCCAGGUGCCCAGCAGGCAGAUCCGCCGCCUCAGCCGCGCCCAGAUCAUUUACUGGCCCCAGCACUUCCUGCCGCACAUCAACGGCAUGCCCGUGGCCUACGACGGCCUGACCCUCGACCUCUUCAUGCUGGGCUACUUCCAGCUGCUGGAGAUGAGCAUGACGCGGAGCGAGCGCAGGUUCAGGCACCUGCUGUGCUUCGAGAUGUUCGACCGCCUGGGCACCCACAGCUGGGAGCUCAUCCGCCAGUUCCACCGCGAGGUUAUGGAGGAGCUGGAGGCCGGGAGGCGGGACUGGGCCGACGGCUUUGAGGACAUAAAGCGGAGGUACUUUGGGGAACCCGCCGAAGAGCCGGAUGGGGCGCUGCCUCAGGAACUGCUGAUGAUGGCCCCGGACCCUCCCGCAACACAGCCUGGCCCCGCCCCUGGCAGUUCACCGAACGGGAAGGAGAGCUGUGACCCUGCCCCCAUUCCUGAUGAGGGCUGGAACCCCUCCACACAGGACAUGAAGGAAAGUGUAUCUGUCCCUGCCCCCACCCCUCCCCUCAUACAGGACAGCAAUGGUAGCCAUUGUGACCCUGUCCCUGCCCCCGUACUACAAAGUAUAGAGAGUGUAAGCUACUCCGCCCCCAUACAGGAUAGGAAAAACAGCUUGUGUGACCUCACCCCCCUGCUGGAAGAGGAAACAGCAGAGGGUUCAUGGGAGGAGCAGACUCCCCUCCAAAUGACCCGUAAGGACUCCAUUCAGGUGAUCUCUGAGCUCGGAGAGUUCAGCAACGAGGAGAUCUGCCGGUACAUCGACCGCAGCUUCUCCUUCUGGAAGGAGAAGGAGGCAGAGCUCUUUGACAUGUGACCUCCUCCUUCUCUGUCUAAAACAUGGAGAGACUACAGCUCCCAGCCUCCCUCACACUGAUGUGUAACUGCAGUAACUGGGUCACAGCUACCCUGCUGUGCUGUCCAGGCUUUUGUAAAUUUAAGUAAUGCAGAGUUUAGCGUUCAAAGGCCAUUGAAAUGCUAGUUCUAUCUGCCCAUUGCUGCCUGAAGACGAAAAAUAGCUACUUGCUAAAUACGUUUUAUUUCUAAGAGCUCCUGCUGGCUUAUUAUGGGUCAUUCUUGGCUGAGAUUUCCUAGAGCUGCAAAUGUAUCUUACUGAAGCAAAGUGGGAUACCAUAAUUCAUUUGUGCAUUUUAUUUUAUGCAGCUUGUAAAUUGUAGGUGUCGCUGGCUGACUCAUUCUGUCAAAGCAAUGGCUGACUCAUUCCAAUGUGUUUGGAUGAGCUCUACAGACUGGUACAGAACCCGGACUGUGCUUGAUCACUUAGUCAUAAAUCCUAUUUCUUUGCUAAUUAUUAAUCCUUUUUUAUCUCUGUCCUUCCCAAUUUUGAAUUCAAAGUCAUAUUUCAGAUCCUUCAUUUCGGAAGAGUGCUCUCUCUGAAACACAUGCAGCCAGCAGGCGUUCUCCACUUGAUGAGUUAGACCCAGGAGUCGCUGGUUCUGGCAGACUGCAGGCACCUCACUGACCAGAGGAGGUGCUAUAAUGCAAUGAGGCUGUGAAUAGCCUGACAAUGGCAGCCCUCCCUCCCUGGGAAAGGCUAAGGCCAAUUUAUGCUUCCUCCCUGUGGGACAGUCAGCAUGAGGAUGGUGAAGACUGAAUUCUAGACCAUUUGGAGCAUUACUGUAACAACAGCCACUGCUUUUGCUGGAUGAACCAACCAAGAGUCCAUAAUGUUAUAUUUUGACAAAAGAAAAUCUUUGUUUAUCUGUACUUAAUGCUUUUUGGGUCGUGAAGUACCUUGAUUUUUCAAAAGAUAUUAAAGAGGUGGGGGGGGGAGGGUUCAGAAAAGGAUUCACAUUUUUUGUCCUUGAAUUUUUAUACAUGCAGUUGCAGUUUGUGUGAUAUUAUGUGUUAAGUGGUAUGUAUUUUGACAUUAAAUAUGUUCAUGUUUUAUGAAAUGUGAACAGAUGCUUUUGAAUUUGAAAGUAUUACACAGUUUAUCUAAAAUUA